UAGCUGUCCAGAUUUAUAAAUAGUUGCGAGGCUGUUUGUUUCAUCCGUCUGACACUCGACACCAAAUGAUCUCACAGAUCUGCAUGCUAACUCAAGCCCUCAUUCUGUCCCCCCAUGGUGGACACUCUCUCUGGGACAACUCUUCUAUUUCUGUCUGGUCUCCAGCCCUGGGUCCUGCUGCCUGCCUCUGCUCAGAUGCUCAAAGACUUGACUGUGGACUACAUAGAGGUUUUUUGCUUUGGAUUGUUGUCAAUAGAAAGAGUCACAACUACCAGAGAGGGCUUGUGUGAGGUGAGAGGCCUUUUUGGGGAGCCUGUUGAGGAGUUUAUGACAGGGACCAAAUUAUGGAUUAUAAACUGAAAGGAAAAGAAAAAAUUCCAGGAUUUUUUUGGACAGAGGCCAACUAAAAGGCACAAUGCCUUAGGAGCUACUAGCUGUAGAAAAUCCGGUCUAAGGGGCCCCAAACUCUGGGUCCUGUAGCUCCAUCAGCAGGCAGAGUGUAUCAUUUUGAGGUCUGUGUUUGCAUGAAUGACUGAACAACUGAGGACAGAGCUCUAUGCUAGUGACCUUGCAUCAUGACCUCAGUUGAGAAGCGCCGCUCAGGCCGAAAGAGUGGUGGGCAUCGAAAGCACAGCGAUGGAGGCUACAGCGACACCUCCAGUGGUGGGUCCUUUCUGGAUGAGACUGACCGUGAGGUCAGCAAUCUGACAGAUCGAGCAUUCAGGAGCCUCUGCAUUGGGGAUGAGGCUGUUUAUAAUGACUCAGACCUCUGUUCGUCUUCUCCCUGCACCCAGAGAGACAGGCAGCUGGCCUUUAGCCAGAGUGGCCAGGACAGAGACAGAGAGGACAGAGAGAGGGAUGAACUCAAGAGAGCUGCACAUGAGAGCUUCAGCAUCAGGAUGCAGCAGUAUGGACAGGACUGGAUCCAUGGAGGAAUGUAUGGGGCUGAGAUCCAGAGAGAUCCACAAUGGGAGGUUUAUGGGGAAAGGACACAGGGGAGGGUUUCUGCCACAUUCCAGCACUCCUUUGUGGAAACCUCUCAACAGGAGGAAUCUUUGGGGGGAGAACAGCUGUCCUUUCUAGGCAAUGGAGCCACAGAGUUGAGUUCGCGGCAACGCAGAAGCCGCUCCAGAGUUUCGUCUCUGAUCAGAGCUUUUAACUCAGAAGGACAAAGGGAUGGAGCAGGGAAGGAUGGUCAACUCAGAGAGUGGAAUGAUGAGACAAGCUGGGACAAAUCAGCUCUGAUGAGUAUCCAAAGGGAACUUUCUGAGUUCUCUACAUCUUACCAGCAAAACUUUAACAGUGGUCAUUUCUCCUCAGCUUGCCCGUUCUCAUCCCAAGACACCAACUUCUACUCCUCUGAAGUAGCAGCAGUGGCUCACAUGAAUUCUACAUCCUCUUUUAUGAGAUCUUCCCACAGUAAACACAGCAUGUCCACGCAGGUCAACUGUAACUCUAACUUCUUUAUACACAGUGAGUGUAGUCCCUUCAAGGUUUGGAGGGACCAUAACAGGUUUCCCUUCCAACAAGGAGAAGUCUCAGGGUUUAUGCACUGUUCAGAAUUCCCUAAAUGGUAUGACACACCAAUGUACAGGGAGCUUUCAAUGGAGGCCCAACCACAGGGUCCAUACAGGUUUGAGGAGAGGGGUAUCAGACACCAAAGGAAGAACUUGGCACCUGUGGUUCCUUCCACUCUUCCCCGCUCCACCUCAACAUCCACAAUUCUGCAGAAAGCUUCGGCUGUAGAGAAACGCUGCGAGUCAGAGUUGACAGGUCAUUACCCUCACAGGAAGCGGACGCAGAGCCUGGGAACUAACAGGCUCCCAUCGCAUCGGCCAUCAACUGCAUCACCUACCAGUGAUAUGUCUCAACGUGUCCAGGACACCAUCAGCUCCGUCAAAGCCCUCCAGCAAAAAAUUAAAAUGAUGACAGAGAAAAAUACAACAACAGGGAUGACAGCAAAUCAACAAGGAGUAUUUUGUAGCAAUGAUAAUUUAAUUCCCUUUGGCAACAAUGCAAAAACAGUGGCACCAAACGUUGUCAGCAGUAACACAAGCAUGACUCCCUUCAACAUCAGCCAACUGCUCACACCUUUAGUGCAAGCACAUCAAGAAACAGAGACAUCAGAGGUCGGGCAGUAUGCAGUUUCCCCUCAACCUGUGGAACAUCCUCCAGUGCGAGCAGAAAGCAGGGGAGCCACUCCUGAUGUAAGGAUGUGCAGCUACAAAUCCAGAGCCACGAGCCUACUCUUCAAUCUCAAAGACAACAGGAAAAGAGUAAAAAGCACCUACAGUCCUGCCAAAUUUAAAGGAUUGGAGACACUGGAAAAAAGCAAACAUCACUCUAUUCAGGAGCCUAGUGACACUGUGAUAGACAUCCCUGAUUAUCCAGAUUUAGACUUUCAAUUUCUUCAGGUAGAGGAAUCCAGCAGAACAAAUGCUGCCUCGCAUCAAUAUGUAAACCAGUACCAUAGCCCUGGAUUGUCACUUACAACACCACAUUAUCAACCUGCACAUACAGGCCAACACUCAGAAUACACUUUAAGUGAUUACCAGACAGCUCAGAUGCAAAGUCAGAUGGUUCAUCACUCGGGGUUCACUGGCUUCAUACCUGAAAAUUACGCUAGCAAUCAGCUGGCUAAUGGGCAGCAUCUCCAUGACUUAUCAUCAUUUACUCCCUAUAAGCAAGGCAUGAUAGAUAAUGUAGAAACUCUGGGAGGAGAUGUAUACAGGCUGAACACAUCUUAUACAGCUACAGAAACACCAAGGAUAAAUGCUGACAACAAUCAACCAAGAGAAUAUUUAAUAAGUAAGGCAAAUGCUGAGCAACAUUUUAAUGAAACAGUGGGAGGGGAAUUCACAAAGGUGGAUAGAUAUCAGCAGCUCAAAGAAAACAAACAUGAUUACAGUAAUGUGUCCUCACAGGAUAGGUGGAGACAGACAAACAGCCAAGAUACAGAAAGUCUAAGUCUGAAAGCAGUCUCUCCAUGGAAACAAGAGAUAACUGCUUCAAUGGAAAAAGACCAACAUGCACAGGCUUACCAAAGAGCAGCUGUGAUAAAGGAGGAACUAAAUUCACCAAGAGACACAUACAGAGGGGAAAAUCAGCAAAGUAUAAAUAAAGAACUUGAGAAAAUAGAGUUGAGGGAGAGUUUUGGUAUUGGAACAUAUUCUCAUAAAAAGGCUGGGUUGGUCAACACUAACAUUUCAAACCAACAGCAACAAAAUGCUCCAUUUAGUAAUGACACUAUAGAAAAUCCAGCAUAUUAUGGACAACAGCAACCAGGAGCUCCGAAGUAUAACAAUAAGGAAAAUGAAAUGAAAGCUCAUUAUUUGACACAGAACUAUAAUAGAUAUAGUGAUCAAGAAUACAGAAACCAACACACAUUGUAUUCUAAUAAAGACAAAAGAAUGCUCACACAAGAAACCGUUCAGAAAAAACAAUAUACGUCAAUUCCACAGGCGUAUGAAAUGCAAAGUCUCCAGCCAAUAGAAGCUAAACCACAGUUUGAACAGAAUGUGCAGAAAAUGUCAUUAUCUAACCCUGACAAUGCAUCUGCCACCACAAUAGCAAACCAGGUAAAAGACAGACAGUUUGUUGAGGUCAAGGCUGAACAGGUCAUGGCAGAGCAUAUAAAAGCACAACACACCCAAGCAGAGCUGGCAAAGGCUCAGCACUGGGCUCAAGUGGAGCAGCCCAAAGCAGAGUCGGCCAGGUUAAUUUUAGCAGGGCAGACUGGUUCAGACAAAGUCAAAGCAGAAGAGGCCAAAGCAGAAUUAACAGAGUACCAGAGAGUAAACCAGGCUAAAGCAGAACAUAUUAAAGAGGAUAAGAGAAAAGAGGAACGAAUAGAACAGUCCAGAGAAAAACAACCAGAGCGUGCCAGAGAGGAACAGAUAAAGGCAGCGCAAUCCAGAGUACAAGUAACAGAAGAGCCUAGAAAUAUAACAGAGGAAGUAGGGACCGAGCACUUGAGAGAGGAGCAGGGUGAGCAGGUCAAAUUAAAACAAGCCGAAGCAAAGAGGCUAAAAGAAGAACACAUAAAAACUGAACUGGCAAAGGCCGAGCAGGCCAGGCAGGAUUGCUUGGCGCGAGCUAAAAGUGAACAGGCCAGUAGAGAAAGGAUCAAAGCAGAACAAAUUGACAAAGAAUGGGUUAGAGCAGAUCAAGUUGAAAGGGAGCAAGUGGAAAUCAGAACAGAAAAGGUUAAAUCAGAGCAGGCUGAAGCAGAGCAUAAAAAAGCAGAACAAGCUAAAUUAGAGCACCUACAAGAGCAACAAGCUAAAGUAGAACAAGAGAAGACUAAUGUAGUUGAAGUGGGAAAGGUGAAAGCAAACCACAUUCAAGUUGAGGAUGUUAACCAGGAGAAAGCUGAGGAAGAUUCAAUUCAAGCGGGUCGAGUAAAUGCAGAGCAACCUGUAACACAGAUAAGUAAAGCCAAAGAGAGAAAGGCAGAGUUGGCAAAGUUGGAACAAACCAAAUUGGAGCUAGCUAAAGCAGAGCUAACAAAAACAGAGAACAUGCCGGAAAGGUCAGCUAAACCGGCAGCAAAACUAACAGUGACACAACAGGUAAAAAAUGAGCCAGAUAAACUUGAACAAGUUAAGACAGAGUUAGCUAAAGCUAAAGCAGAAUUGGCUAAAAUAAAGGAGAAAAUGAGAGGAGAGCAAAAAGAGAAAGUCAGAAAUAGAGUUCUCACAAAUGAAGACGGGAUUAAGACAGAUGUUCCUUUGAAGGUAAAUAUCAACAAAAAGGAAGAGUACAAAGAUCAAGACCAGGCAACACAAAUGCAUAAACAGGGCGAAGACUCAGUUGUUGUCAGCAGGCAAAAUUCAGAUCAAGCUAAUAGAGGGGCUGAGUAUGAGCGUCUUAGAGAGAAAUAUGGUUUUACUGAUACAGACUUACCAAACAGAAACAAAGUGUCAAAUAGUGCCAAUGAAACACCAGCUUUAUCUCUCGAUAAAGUUGAGACAACGAAUAACGAGAAAUCAAAAGGCAAUUAUAGUCCUACAAGCAGAGUUGCAAGAGCUAACACAGAAAGCAAGGAGGAAGUGGGCAGCUUUAAACCCAUUGAGUUGACAGAGAGUCAGUAUGUUUACAGUGAGUCAUCCAAAGAAUUCAAACUUUCUGAGAGUAAUUAUUUGACUAUCAAUGUAGAUAAAAGAGAAAAUAGUGACACUGUUUCUGAUAAAGUGAAGGAUGACAGUGUUGAAAAGUCUGACCCUCUGAAACAAACUGAUAUUUCACAGCAAAGAGAUUCUGAUUUGGCUAAACCGCUCCCCCUUGUAAGAAAACCAAAGUCAACUGAGCACAGUUUAGGUCCAGGUAAAGAUAUGCUUUUUACCCCUCCCAGAGCAUUGUUCCAUAAAGAGAGAGCUCAGACUAAGCAGGAGAUUCUGACUUCCAAGAUAAAAGCUCAUGCUGAAAAAGAGAUUUCAGCUAUUAAAGAAAAGGGUUUUGCUGUACGAGAUGGGUUUAUAUCCAAAACUUCUACCAAGCAAUUAGCAGGUAAUAAUAUACGACAGAGGCCACCAUCACAGGAAGUGUCUAAAAAGCAUGAAAGCACAAUGGCCAGUAAUAUUACAUUAAAGCACCAGAUGGAGCCUUCAGGAAUACAGAUGGAACCAGUCAAGUUUGUUUCACUUCCCAGCUCUGCUACAAUACCAAAUAAGUCUGCAGCAACCACCAGUCAGGUUCAUUCACAGAAACAACUUCACAAAGAACCAAUGAAGAGCAAUGACAAUUUGCCAAAACCCCCCAGCGAAGCAAAACAGACGGGAAGUUAUACCAUGAGCACAGAUGACGGCUUGGUAGAAAAUCAAAAGAAAGAGAAUCAAUUUGGAAUUAAAUCACUUACACAAAGUAAAGAGCAGGCACUCAAAAACAAGCCAGAAACACAGGAAGCAAAGAAAGGAGAAAUAUUUGGAAAACAGAAAGAGGGACUUAAAGACAAUACUGUCGUAAACACUGAUCAUCUCAACAAGAAGAAACAGGAUCCUCCACAAGCUACAGCUCUGGUCGAAGCUGAAAGCUCCAAACCUAUGCCGACAGAAAAGGCUGAGAGUAAACAUGAGGCAGUUCAUGAGGACUCAGCACCUUCACUAAGUCUUACCUUUGGUCAGAAUGAGACCCCUGUGGCUGAGGACAAAUUGCAGAUCAUGGGAAUAUUGGUAACUGUACAAGAAAGAAAGCCCUCUGUGGACAAUGGUCAGAGGAAUAACAGCACUCAAGAACAAAUGAAUGUAAAAGAGAAAGAGUGCAGUAAUUCAGAGCUAGAUAAAUGUCAUCCCAGCUCAGGUUUGGAAAUAGGUAAAGGAAAUACAUCUUCAAAGGAAGUUAGCAUAGUAAAGCCGAAUGAUGGAGUUGUACAGAACACUCAUCCUACAGUGAAAGAAGAUCAAACUAAAGUUGGUAUGAAUAAUCAUCCUGAAAACAUGCAAGAAACUUCAACCCUAGAGGCAAGACAGAACAAUGUGUCUGAGAAUGUUACUGUGAAAAGGACUUAUCUCCAACAGGAGAGUUCUUCUAUAAAUGUAAGACCCCAAAGGAUAACACAACUCCAGGAGCCAUUGGCUGAAAAAGGUGUGCCUUGCAAAAAUAAAGUGUUGGCUGAAACGAAUCCGCUUCUCUACAACCAAGACAUAAUAGCAAAUAAAACAAAAGACAACACGAAUGAAAUGCCAAAAGAAAACUCAGUAAAGAUCAUAAAGAAAGUUGAAGUAAAGAGUAAUACUGAAGAGAAAAAUCCACAAAAAAGUCAUACAGCACAUGCCAAUGAGAACUGCAUAGCCAAAGUGGUGAACUCAGCAAUAAGCGACACAAAUGAUUCAAACAGUGCUGCUGCUGAAACUCUGAUAAAACAUGACAUCCAGCCAUCAGUGAAAGAAGAUAUGACAACUGGCAUCCAUCCAUCCAAAAGCAGGAACAUAGAUGGUAAGAGUGCACCAGUGGAAGAAAAGAGAUGUGACUUAACACCACCAAAGCCAUUCAACAAAACCAUUCCAUCUAACCAUUUAACUGAGAAUGAAAAUGUUCAUGUAUCUCCAAAACAUCAGUAUAAAGAGACACACAUUGGAGAAAAUAAUCAAUGGGAUGAUGAUUUGAAUAUAGGCAGCAUAGCCAUCAGAGUUGUGCCAGCAGUAACUGAGGACAACCUGAAAAUGGCAGAAAAACAGCAUGUCAACAUCACCACUCUCCCGUCUGAUGUAGCUGCAGCUAAUGAACAUAAACAAGAUGCAUCAUCUAGUCUUGAAAAAAAAGUGAACACUUUAAACAAUGAAAGCAAGCAUCCAGCAAGUAGGGAAAAGCAAAUGGAGGACAGUUUGGAAGACAAAUUUGGAGUACAAUGCGUUUUGUCCAGUGUGAAAAAACUGUCCAAAUCACUAAAACUCAGUAAUCAACAGAACAGCAUAAACACCACCAGAGAGAAUACUCAAGCUGAAAAUGGAAAGCCUGAAAAAGUAAAUAAAAGCGGGAAAUCAGCAGAUGAAUCAACAAUAAGACCAAUGGUGGGAGACUACUUUCAAGUGCAAGGGGUCGCAGAAACAAAUAAUGAACCAUACAAUCCUACUAAUGCUGGAGAUACGUCAGAUGCUGGAGAUACGUCAGAUGCUGUUUCAAAGGGAAGGGAACUUCCAGCAUUACUAACAAACAAGGCAGCUAUCAGCAAUGAAUCUUGCAAUGAAGGAAAAAAUCAAGUAUUUGUUUUGGAUCAAAGUAAAAGGAAAUCAAGUUCAGUAAGAGUUCAAGAUGAGAACAUGAAAAAGAAAAACAGGGAAACAGAUGAUAACCUGGAUUCAAAACCGAGUGAUGUUCCCACAGAGAGACAGAGUAAUAAAAAUGAGAAGACAGAUGCUGGUCAAGCUGUUCAUAUCAGAAAACAUCAUACAGAGAACCAGUCCAGUUUAACAACAAGGGAAACACAGAGCUCAAGAAAUUCACACCCAACACAGGAAAAUACAGAAAAACCUAAAGUUAAACCAAAACCAAAAGAAAGAGUAUCCACAAUACCUGAGAUAUCAGCAAUUGCAGACUAUGCCAGGUUAAAAGUAAUUGUUUCAGAAGACGAGGCAAACAAAAUUCAGGAAUUCCCACCCAACAAAAAGGAGGGAUUUUUCCCACUAAUACAAACUCGUCAUAGCAAACGUCCAAUGUUCACUGCUGACCCACAAGACCUCUCUGUAAAAGAGAAAAGUUUGCCAAAUAAGACAGAGGUCAGUUCCAAAGUGAACAAAGAGCCCAAACCCUUAGUAUUUCCCAUUACUGACAGAGAACACCAAAGGACGGGGAUGUUUAAACUGGGAGACAAAGAAAGACAAGAGAAAAUGAUUUUAGAUGCCAAAGCCAAUGAAGGUGUAUUAGACACUGAGGCAAAACAUGCACAACAGCUCAAAGCAAGUAACAAGUCACCAUCAAGUCAUCUUAAGAACCAGGGAAGUGAAGAACAAGUGACUGGAACUGAUACCCAAAGAGUUCGACAAGGAGAACAAAGUAUUCAUCAGCCAAACAAUCCUCCUAUGCAAGCAACAACCUCAUCUUCUGCAGUCAACAGGCCAAGAAGCACUUCUGUGUCACAACACCUAAAGCCACAUGAGAACUCCAAUCCAUAUGAAAAACUUGUGGGACAAGUGUACAACAUAGAGGAAAGCACAGCAACUCCAAAAAAAGAUGAGGAGAUUGAAAAUGCACUGGCUAAGAUUGGGGAAAAGAGAACAGAUAAAAUGAGGCAAGAAAGGCUUGCAACUCGGCAUGAAGAAACCGAAACACAACAUCAGAAUAGAGCAAAACAGUUUGAGGAAAAACAAGCUUCUAGGAUAGAAGAGGAGAAAAGAGCUGAAGACAUGAGAGUAAGAAAUAUGAUAGAGGAGAAUAGAGCUUCUGUUGCUGAAGAAGAGAGGAGAGCCGCUCAGAGAGAAGAAGAGGAGAGGAGAGCAAGAGAGCGGGAGGCCAUUGCUAUUAAGAUCAAGGAGAAGCGGGAAAAACAGAGAGAAGCAGAAAGAAGGGCAGAGGAAGAAAGAGCUGCUCAAAAAGAAGAGGCGAUAAAAGCAAAUCAAAGAGAAGAAGAAAGGAGAAUGAAAGAAAUUGAGGAGAAGAGGAGAAUAAAAAUUGAGGAGCGUAAAGCAAAAUUGAGAGAGGAGGAAGAGCAGAUAAAAGAGAAUGAGGAGAAGAGGAGGGUGAAACAGCAAGAGGAGGAGAGAGCUGCACAAGAGGAGAUGCAGAGAAGAGCUGCUGAAGAGGAGAAGCAGAGAAGAGCUGCUGAAGAGGCAAAGCAGAGAGCUGCUGAAGAGGAGAAGCAGAGAAGAACUGCUGAAGAAGGGAAGCAGAGGAGAGCUGCUGAAGAGGAGAAGCAGAGGAGAGCUGCUGAAGAGGCAAAGCAGAGAGCUGCUGAAGAGGCAAAGCAGAGAGCUGCUGAAGAGGCAAAGCAGAGAGCUGCUGAAGAGGCAAAGCAGAGAGCUGCUGAAGAGGAGAAGCAGAGGAGAGCUGCUGAAGAGGCAAAGCAGAGAGCUGCUGAAGAGGAGAAGCAGAGGAGAGCUGCUGAAGAGGCAAAGCAGAGGAGAGCUGCUGAAGAGGAGAAGCAGAGGAGAGCUGCUGAAGAGGAGAAGCAGAGGAGAGCUGCUGAAGAGGAGAAGCAGAGGAGAGCUGCUGAAGAGGCAAAGCAGAGAGCUGCUGAAGAGGAGAAGCAGAGGAGAGCUGCUGAAGAAGGGAAGCAGAGGAGAGCUGCUGAAGAGGCAAAGCAGAGGAGAGCUGCUGAAGAGGAGAAGCAGAGGAGAGCUGCUGAAGAGGAGAAGCAGAGGAGAGCUGCUGAAGAGGAGAAGCAGAGGAGAGCUGCUGAAGAGGAGAAGCAGCGGAGAGCUGCUCUGAUUGAGGAGCAAAGGCGAGCUAAACUGAUUGAGGAGCGGAUACUCGCUGAUAUUGAGGAAAAAGCUGCUCGGAUUUCAGAGGAGGAAAGGCUCAAACAGAUCCAGGAGAAAAAGAAAGCAGAGCAGAUGAUUGAAGAGCUGAGGGAAGAAAGACAGAAAAAGGAAGAAUGGAUGAGAACUCAGAGAGCUGUUGAAAAAGACAAAACAAUUAUAAAACAAAGAGAAGAAAAGCAAGCCAAAGAGGAGAGAACCAGACUCCUUGAGGAGAGCCAAGCAGCACUGAAAGAGGAGGAGAAGAGACUAGCACAAGAAUGGACGCUAGCUCAAAGAGAGGAUGAGAUCAGGGCUAAAAAGAGAGGAGAAGAAACGUUAGCAGCUCACCGAGAAAAGAAGAGAGCCACUCAGAUGGAGGAGCAAAAAAGAGCAGCGCAGAGGAUGGAUGCUCUCCAGUACUAUGCCAUCACCUCAACAGAAUCAGAGCGGAAACCCAGAGAAAGACAACUAUGCUCCCCUUUACCAUCCCAACAAAGACACAAUCCAUCAGGGCUUGGAUCACCUGAGGACUCAGGAGCCCAUACUAGGCCUUAUAGGCCACAUGCCCCUGCUUCUCCAGCUCCAUCUCUGCCCCGCUCCAAUACCUCCUCUCCUGCUCUGGGAACCAAGCCCUCAAUGUUCAGGGUGAAGGAUAACACCAUCAGAGGUUCCUCUUUCAAGUCAGUCAAACCACGCCUCCAUAAGAACUUUGGAGAGGAUUUCCGAGUGGGUUCGCCGAUGGAGAGGGGGUCAGAGAGAAGAGAGGAAGAGCAAGACAUAAUGAGACACAGUGCUGGAACGCCUGUCUAUCCGGACACAGGAUCAAACAGACUUGCUGCUAUCAAAGAAUCCUCCACUUUUCAGCCAGCAUAUUCAUCACAGGAUUACUCAGCCCUUCUCCCACAACACAGGCCUUACUCCAGGAAGAGCAUCGCUCUGGAUGAAGAUGACUCCCGUUCUCUCAUCAGCAACAUGUCAGAGGAUGUAGAGAGUUUUGCCACCGGUGCAACAGACCUGGCAGAUGUACGAGGCUUCUAUGAUGGAGAGAGGCCAGAAUCAGCCUGUAGCUUUAGCAGUGAUGUUUCCCGUUCUUUGGGCAAGCCUCCGACUGUUCCCCCAAAGAGUGAGAAAGCCUUGCGCAGAGCAAAAAGGUUGACUACUCGGAGAAUCAAGAAGGAGUUGUCCAAAUCUGCAGCAGACAGCCCUGAUGGAGUUGAGAAAUCUCUUCAAGAAGUCUCCAAUAUUACUUCCUCCUCCUCCACUGAGGUACGCUCUUCCAGCCGCCAAGCUAUGGCUUCCUCCCAUUUUUCCUCACCUGUCUCCCUCGCUCAUGCUCCAACAUUGGGGUCUAGCUUGCUUUCUUCACACACAGAGCACAAAUCUUCUCGCAGCUCCUCCUAUGCUUCCCCUCAUGCCACUGGUCCUAUCUCCAUCCCAGUUGCUUCACCUCAUGCUACUGCCCCUGUUUCCCUCCCUGUUGCCUUGCCUAAUGCUACUGGCCCUGCUUCCCACACUACUGCUCCUAAGACAGUUGCUCAUGUUUCCUCUUCUCCCACUCUCCAUCAUGCCAACCACCCAGCUCCAGUGACACAGUACCAUGUAGAGUCAAGCUAUCACCAGUCCUACCCACUAACCCAGCGAAAGGUGCUGCAAGACCUCGGCUCUGGUCAGUAUUUCGUGGUGGACGUGCCUGUUGAAGUGAAAAAGAAGACUUUCUUUGACCCAGAGACAGGAAAGUAUGUCCAGCUGAAUGUUCGCGAGUCGGGCCAGAGCACCUCCCGAACCCAGCCCCAGCAGACGUACCCACAACCUCAACUCCAACCCCAAAUGCAGGUCAAGCUUCAACAACAGCCCCAGGCCUCUCCAGCUGGCAAGCCUUUUGUGCUUUAUCAGGGCAGCCAGAGUUAUCCCCAAGACUACCAACCUCUGGCUAUCAACUCUGUGCCCCGCAACAGGUCAUCAGCCCCUGUGACUCUCCACCAGGACCAACAGCCUGUCAGGGAGAGCCACAGCUACGGAUAUCCAGCCCCUAAAAUGGGACAGAACUCUGAAGGGCAUCGCUACAGCCCAGAAAAGACUCCAUACAUGGACACAGUUAAUGCCCCAUAUGAGUCGUCCCCAGAGGGAGAAACAAACAGCCAGCUUGCAGGAAGCUCAGUCUGUGAAAAUGAUAACUCAGCCCACUCACAAUGUCAGCCCCGUGAUAUAAUAACUAUGAGUGAACUGGAGGACUUUAUGGAGGUGUCUGACUGGUGAGAACAAAGACUGGUAGCUUUUACUCAGAAGGGGUAGCUAAAUAAAGUAUUUGAUCAAACAAAGCACAGUAUGAAUGAAUCAUAAUAUGCAGUAUUGUAACUGUUUGUAAAUUACUUUUCAAGUGAAAAUAGUCUAAGAAAGUUUUUGGUUUGUAGUUUUAAAAGGGCCCUUGUGACAUGUUGUUAGAUUGAUGCUGUUGAUUUUGGUGAUUCACUGUUGAGCUAUUUAUUGUGUUACAGAGAAGUUCAUUCCAUUUGACUUUUGAAUGUGAGAAGCUAAGAUAUGUUUAUUGUGUAUACUGUAUGAUCAGUAUCCCAUUGCCUACUAAACCUAAAAGUAUGUUAUCAUAUAUCAAACAGCAACAGUGUGUCCACAGUGUUUAGUAGUUUUGAACACUGGCAGGCCUGCUUAAGUUUGCAAUUAGUUUUUUCUUGUUGAAGAAAUCAUACUUUUGGCAUUUUGUGAUUAAGCCCACAGUGUCAAUUAAAUAUCUGCAGAUGGUGUAAAGCAUAGUUUGUGUGUUCAACCACUGUGUCAAAGUGAAAACAUGGUGAUGUGAUUAUUGCCGUUUUGGAGGUUUAAUUUCAUACUGUAGUCCAUUUUUAAAGUUGGAAGUGUGUGAGAAUGUUUCUGUGUUGCUGUGAAACAGAAUUGUGUGACAUGGACUUACUCAGGCAAUUACAACACACGUGAUUCAAAUAAAUAAUUUCUCACCACAAUGACUGUUUCAAAAUCACAUUGUAAAGAUUAUAAAUAAACAAAAAG